AAGAUGUUUUAUUUAACUUAAUGUUAAUACUAUCCCUAUUGAUAAGAACAUAAUAUAAUAAAUUUUGUCUAUUUAUAUUAUUACAUUAUCUGACUUAUCAUUAUGGAACUGGAAGUAGGACUACUAUUAGUUAUCAAAUUAGAGAUUAAACUCGGGUUAAAGUCGAACCAAACUAAUCCACAGUCUUUUUAACCGGCUUCAAAAACAGGAAGAGGCUCUAAAUUCGGCCGGUAUAUUUUUUUAUAUCUUAAAACUAAUCCACAACCUUUUAUACAAGAAUGUAAUAUAUUAUUGCCAAUGCAUCUUUUUUAUGAUUGUUACGAUAUUUUAACGAUAAUUCUUAAAUGGCAACAUUGGUUCAAUACACACGAUGACUCAGAUGAAAAAUUAGUAUGUACUUUAUCUAUUUUUAUUUUCAUUGGUCAUCGACAAUGAUAGAAUCUUGCCUUGACUUUUUAUUUAGUGUACCUACUUAUUAUAUUUUUCUUUAUCAGUCUUUAUGAAUAAUCAGCACAUAAUCUUUUCAUAUGAAUCAUAAUAUCAUUAUUGUAUUUUUGAAUUAAUAGUGAUCUCUAACUCUUGGAUAACACACAACAGCUGAGGAUUUCAAGAUGAAGAUAAAGCUGGAAGGAAACCACCUUGGAGCUAGACACAAGCAUCUUAAUACCCUCGCAGUGCAAUCCAACGAUAACUACUGUUUCGAUACUGUCGACCUGAAAGAUGGGGACGUGGUAAAUUUAAUUAAAAUAGAUAUAGCAGGAAAACACAGAAAUGUGGAUUAUAUUUUAAAAGUUCUUAAGUGUGAUGAUUUACUAUUAGUUUCGAGGGCAAUUAAUCGAUGUCAAUGGUUGAUAACUGAAUCUCAAUACAAACAUAUUAUUAACCCUGAAUAUCUUCAUCAGACUCUGUUCCCACAAAUGUCGUCUAAAGCCGUAGUGAAAUUAUAUAAAUGUGUUAAACUUCAUCUAAAAGACAGCGAACGUGUGGAACAAUUUUAUAAAUAUGAAGAUGAUUCAAAAAAGGCGGCACAGUGGUUGCCGCAUUGUUCCGUAGACUUUAUUAAUUUAAACAUAAACAAACAUGAUGAACAUAUAGAUAUCACUUUACUGAAACGGUUAUGUGAAAAAACUAUUAGAGCCCUCGAAGUAUUCAUUGAUAAAAAUGAGUAUUCGACAAAAAAAGCCUUAAAGGCUACAAGUUUUCUUCUUAGGUAUGAUCUAAUAAGGUAUCUAGAUAUUAUUGAAAAACAGCUUUAUUGCGCAAUUCCUGACUAUAACAAGAAUUCUACAGAGUUAAUGAUGAAGCAUGCGAGUGAUCGAAUAGUAAAAAAAAUUGCCACUUAUUGUGAUCAUAUUGAUAUUAAGACUUUUAUUAAAUACGUAAAGAAAGAGAAUAUUAAAAACUUCUUAUUUGAUAUUGUUAAAGAAAAUAACAUCAGAAGCAGAGGUCUUCGGUUUGAUACUAUGAUUUCUUUUAUAUCCGCCAUGUCUGACAAUGAUCGAAUUGAAUUUGUUACCCAAGUAUUAAUCGAUAAAGUAUACGUCGAUGAUAAAUGCACCUUACCAAAGACACUCAAAUGUUCUAUGGAGGAAUUUGCGAAAUUUAUGAGUGGAUUCGAAUGCAUGUACACUUUUGAUCACUUCUGGUAUCGUUAUACUACAUUCAAUGUUGCCUUUACUAAGAUCCAAGAACUAAUAGAUAAUCAAAGCUCAAAUGAUGCGCUUAACUCUAUGUUUGAAACGUUAAUAAUCGUCGCAGGAGACUCCGUUGAUAAUCUGAAAUCAUUAAUAGAAUAUUAUAGUAUAGACUACAAAAACUCUAAACAAGUAAGGAAAACAUUCAUUAAAUGUUUAUUUACAAAAAACAAUUUUCAAAAUUAUGACUGUGGUACAUGGAAUAUAUUAGAAGAAGAGUUUAUGAGUGAAGUUUUUAAAGAAACUAAUGACGACAAACGCUCUGAUAAAUGCCUGACAAUUUGCGUAGAAGCUGUAAUAAUAUAUUAUACUCUUCACAUGAAAAAAGUGCCGAAAAUUGUCGAAAAUAAGUUUAAAUUUAAUUCAUUAAAAUCGUACCAGAAAAAGUUAAAUUCGAAUGAAAAAGAUAUUUUAUUCACAUAUUUGUACAAUACCAUUAUGAGGCAGUUAAAUAGUCAUUCGUCCUUUACCAAAGAAGAAUUUAUUGAAAAAACUGAAUUAUUAGACAAAGCUUUAAAUCUUUUAAUAGAUUGGGACAAAGAUAUAGGUAAUUAUCCAGCAGUAGUCAAUGCUAUUAAGGGUCUGAUAAAUAUCAAUGAACAAAACAUGUGGGAUGUAGACCUUACCAACAUUUAUAAUAAAAAGAAAUCAUGGAGAAAAAAUCUGUUUAAUGAAUCACUAAAAAUUAAUCCUAGUCAGCCCGUUUUAAUAAAUGCCCUAAAGCAUGAUCCUUUAUUAAUAGAACGUCAUCAAGAUAAACUUGAAAAUAUUUAUUUUAAUAAUAAAAUUUUCUUGAAACAAUAUCACAAAAAAAUUAAAACGUACUGGUCAGAAUCUUUAGCAAAGCAGAUGGUAAAUGUAUAUCUUAAUAAAAUUAAUAAUCUUAAAUGCAGUAAAGCAGUCAUCCGCGCACUAUGUAUUUUACUACCCGAUGAAGAUCUACAAAAAUUUAUAAUUGAAUACGCACCAAAAGAAGAAAAGGUGGAUUGGAACAACACCACUGAACUUACUCUUAUUAUACAACAAAACCUUGCUAAAAUAAUGCACAUCGCUCGACCACAGCCUAGUCCUAAGUUAAUACUUCAUUACUCUAAAGGGGAUUAUUUACCAUAUGCUUUACCGUCAUUGUAUUCUAUUUUUUUAAAUUUAAAUAUGACGUACUCUCAGCAAUUUAUACCUAUGUUGAUAGAUACAAAAGUUUCUCUGCAAAAACAUGGUAUAAGAUUUGCCUUUAAGCUUCCACCGGAAGAUGUAAAAAAUAUUCUCAGCAAAGUGCUAAAUGAGCAUAAAAACUCUUCCAUAAGGCAUAUAGCUUUUAAACUUACUCACAAACUGUUAUGUAGAGAAACGGAUCCUGAAAGAAUACUAAGCAUCUGGAAUAUUAUGGAAACAUUUUUAGAUAACCUUUCUGACAAUGAAAAUGAUGCCUUUUAUGAAUUAUUGCUAAACGUUGAUCGAGUUCCUACCUCUGUUAGGCAUUAUUAUUAUGUGAAAAGUUACAAUAUUUUAAAAAGUCACAUAGCGUCGAAAAAUUCAGAAGAAUUGAGAUAUACGUAUUCUUUUAAAAAUUCGUUCAUAAGCUAUGCUCGGAACAUAAUAGAUCAAUUACCUCCCGAGUUUAUAUCAGAAAUACUAUUAGAAUAUAUUGAUAAAGAUCUCGUAAAAGACAUACACAAUCAUUCAAGAUUAGAGCUUGUAUCAUCUUACAUGCUUUCGUGUACUGAUGAAGAAGUUCAAAUGAAAAAAUAUAGCAAUUUAUUAUUGCCAUUACUAAAUAAAUGUUUUAAAAACUGGAAUGAGACAAACGCUGAUAAGAAACAAGUUAAGUUAGUUUUAGAUGUGUUUUUAGAUACUAUAAGAACAGAUAUAAAAGAGUAUGUGUACGAAAAAAAGAACAUUGUACCUAAGAAACUGUUUGAGACAAUAAGUUCAGAGUUGUUAAAAAAUCUAGACUAUCCAAGCAAUUAUAUACUUAUGAUUAAGUGGCAAUUAACUGUUGCUUUCGUGGAUAUUCUCGAUAAAUGUGAUACAAGUGAUUGGGACCUGGCAUGUGAAUCACUGGUGUCAGAAUACAGCAAAGUAUGUAUAGACUAUAUAAUCGAUCAUUGUUCUAAAUAUUUUUCAAACAUGUACGUUCUAUUUGCUCAGGCGUUAUAUAAUUGCGUAAACAAUUUUAUUCCAACUAAUGCUCUCUAUAUUUUAUUUAAGAAAAUCUUGCAAGACGAAAAAAAUGUUCAAGUGUACUUGGCAGUUUUAAAGCUACUAAACAAUUUUUAUUCCAAUGCGUCUUCAGACGAUAUAGUGAAUCAUGUUGACGAAAUAUUUAAAAUUGUAAGUGACCAUCCAUCAGUAGAGGUACAGAUACACUACUAUCAUUGUAGAAAUGUUCACCUCAAUAAAAUAACAGAUAGUAUUUAUGUCAGAAAUAUGCAUGAGUUGGAUUCGGACUCAUCUGAGUUGAUAUCUUUAAAUGAAUAAUUUUGUAUUUUUCGUAUUGUUUAAAUCAAUAAUAUUGAAUUUAAAGUUUCCUUUUAUUUUUAUACAGAUUCGGUAUAGUUUUCUUUUAUCAUUAAAAUAUGAAUAGUCUAUGAUUUUUUUUCCAUAAGAUACUGCUUUUCAACCCUACUAAACUUGAUAAGAAGAUAUUCAAUUUUUUUUUUGCCUGAUUUUUUCUAUGGAUCUGUAAUAAUAAUUAGUAGUAGUAUUUAUUUAGGGCUAAGAUAAAUUAAUAAAUAAAAAACAAAAUUAUC